AUGUCGUCAGAUGGGCCUCAGCCGAUGACCUAUCAUCCCGAAGAGGUCGCACGCCAGGUACAUAUUAAAGGCGGGUGCGAUGGAAUACCAUCUCUACGCACGAUGUCCCCCACACUCGCCUCUGCCCCUGGUAGCUGCUGCUUCACCGGUGUCAAACACACAGGCACCCCCGUCGGCCGCAUCGAAGACCUCGGUGGGUUGCAAACAUACAUCUCCGAACCUCCUACUUCGGAAACAGCUCCGAAAGUGAUACUCUUCCUCGCUGAUGUUUGGGGACCGCUUUUCUUGAACAACCAGUUGAUUCAAGAUUAUUUCGCGUCUUGCGGCUAUAUCGUCCUCGGGCCUGAUUACUUCUUUGGAAAUGCCAUACCAAACCACCCGCCUAAUUACGAUCGCCAGGCGUGGAUUGAGAGUGCGCGGAAACCCGCGAUGGACGUGUUCCCCGACUGGCUAGAAGCUGUGAAAGCGAAAUAUGGGAGGGAUACUAAGUAUUGCGCUGUCGGGUACUGCUUCGGAGCACCAUUCGUCAUGAACUUGUGUGCAGACGGAUCUGUAGUUGCCGGAGCUCUGGCUCACCCUGCAUUCCUCGAGGAAAGCCACUUUGAGAAACUUAGCGGACCUCUCAUUCUCUCCUGCGCAGAGGAAGACCAUACCUUCCCCCACGCCUCUCGUAGACGCGCAGAAGACAUCAUGGUCGCCCGCAAAUGCACGUAUUAUUUCCAGGUGUUUUCGGGCGUCAAGCAUGGGUUUGCUGUUAGAGGCGAUCCGGACGUUCAGACGGAGCGCUGGGCGAAGGAGGAGAGCGCUAGGGGGAUCGUGGGGUGGUUUGAUCGCUUCACGGUCUAG